AUGGCUCCCCUCCUUUACGGAGGGGAGCGUUUGAGCGGACAUGGGGGCCCUGCGGCGGCUGCAGCACGAGUAGACGUCGGCUGGAAUAGUGGGUCAGGCACCAAGGAUAGACAGCAAAACGGCCCGGUGGCAUUAGAUGGCUGUACUCCGUCCUACACAACUGUACUCCGUCCUACACAACUGUACUCCGUCCUACGCAGCUGUACUCCGUCCUGCACCCUCCUGCGCCCUCCUGCACCCUCCUGCACCCUCCUGCACCGUCCUGCACCGUCCUGCUCCGUCCUGCUCCGUCCUGCUCCCUCCUGCUCCCUCCUGCGCCCUUGUGCUCCACUGUGCACCCUCCUGCUCCCUCUGCGCCCUCCUGCUCCUCCUGCUCCCUCCUGCUCCCUCCUGCUCCACUGUGCUCCUCCUGCGCCCUCCUGCGCCCUCCUGCUCCCUCUGCGCCCUCCUGCUCCUCCUGCUCCCUCCUGCUCCACUGUGCUCCUCCUGCUCUCUCCUGACCUCCUGCUUCCUAUCCUAUGA